AUGCCUUGCGGAACUCGAGCUCUGCUUGAUCAAUGUCGCCUUCCGACCAACAAGGCCGUUUCCGACAUCAUUUGUGAUAACAAAGUAGUAGGAUGGACGUACGAAGGACAAAGCUACUACAUGGGUCUCCUACUACAAGAUUUCCACCGCGAUAACCUCGAACUUCUUGCCUCCCCUCAUAUUGACGACAUCCGACUCCAUCUUGAAUCCGGAUGGGACAAACCAUUCCUGAAGAAAACUGUCACAUCGUUUUCUAUGCAAUUUUUGCGCAUGGGCGAUUGGGCGAGGGUCGUUGAAGGUGCUCUUCGUGGGGAGUCAGGUCAGGUCAUAUCGACGGAUCAUACAGUUGGUUCCGCGAGCUUGGAGUUCGCGUUCGAUGGACGUCCAGAACAAAUAGAGGUUCGUGUUGAAGAAAUAGAGCGCGUAUUCCGGGUCAGCGAUACCGUCAAAGUUGUAGCUGGUCCGUACUUGGGAAUAGAAGGACACAUUAUUCAAAUGUGGCAAGAUGUAUUUGACAUUUGUCAAGAUAUCACCAAUGAACAGGUGGAGGUUUCCAAGUACUACUUGGAUCGGCGUCCCUUGAAUCACACCAUGCACUCACAAAUACCCAUGCAACAAUAUCUCGAGCCUCCCCCCGAGUCCGACUCUAUCGAAAUUGGAGAUUAUAUAGAAGUGCUGGACGGCAGGCACAUGGGGAAACACGGCGUCAUGGACUGGUAUGCCAAGAGAUCGACCUAUCUGUGGUUCCGGGAUGUCCUCACUCAGGACGGCAGAGAGACCAGCUCUGGACUCUCCAGUAUCUCAGUUCCUGUGGCAAUGGUUCGGCGGACGAGCCUCACCCACACCAUCCAGUAUACGAAGGACAAGGGGUAUGAUGUCAGGCCUGGAGAUGUUGUGACUGUUGCCCGCGGACCGGAGUACCAGGCGAAAGGGGUCGUGCACAGCGUUGAUAUUCCAAAUGCUCAUUUGACCAUAUUAUGCGAUAGUGACCGAUCGCUCCUCCGCAUCCCAAUUAGAUUUGUAACUAAGAUACGCAACGUCUUCUUGGAUUCGUUCCGGAACGAUAUUGGCCAGGAAGUUUUCGUUAUUGGGGGCGACCAGAAGGGCUACCGAGCCACGCUCCACUCUCUUUCCUCUGAGACUUGCAUCGUUGCUGUGCAUGGGCAGCAGCGCACCGGACUCAAACUGCACGAAGUUGCCACCAAGUAUGGAAUGAGACUGAACGGCGCGAUGCUCGAAGGUCCGGAGUUAACCGCAUUCUGUGAAAUGAGGAAACGAUCAUACUUGGUGCCUCCACCUCGCUCCACCACCCCACCCGUCGAAAAAGAAAAAAUUGCUUCCAGUCCAGUGGUUUAUCUCACAGGUCCCAGCUCAUCGCCAUCCAACACAUGGUCCACCUGGUCCGAAAGUUUAGAAAUGACAUUAUGUGAAGAUAGUGUCAUUUUAAUUUGA